AUGAAGAAGACCUUAGAUGUUCCUCUGUAUGUCAAGGGAAAGCACAUCUCCUACCAGCGUUCAAAGAACGUAACCAACCCCAAGGUGUCGUUGAUCCAGAUUGACGGUGUGGCCAACCCUCAAGAUGCCAAGUUCUACUUGGGUAAGCGUAUUGCCUACGUUUACCGUGCGCAAAAGGAAGUCAGAGGUUCCAAGAUUAGAGUUAUCUGGGGUAAGGUUGCCAGAACCCAUGGAUCCAACGGAUUGGUUAGAGCCAACUUCAGAAAGAACUUGCCACCAAAGACCUUUGGUGCUUCUGUUAGAAUCAUGUUGUACCCAUCGAACAUCUAA